UUCACUUCCCACCACGACGCCACGGCACACGGCAUACCCUCCCUCCCCUCAAGCAGCCGAAGGCCGAAGCUCUCCUCCCCCAAUCCUUCCCAGAUGCUGCGCCGCAACCGCGGCUGCGAAAUCGAGUUCGAAUUCCGACGCGCUCCCAUGGAGCUCAGGAUUUAGGUGUGAGCUGCGCCCCCUCGUAUGGAUCCAGAUGUUCUCGUGGGGCCGUAAGCAGUCCUCUUCAUCCGGCUCGUCCUCCUCCGGCCGCCGCCGCCGCGGCGGCGGGGCGGACGCCUCCAUGGACUCCAGCAGCCGCGGCGGCGGCGGGAGCGGGAGCGGCAGCCGAGGGCGGAGCCCGCGGCUGGAUCGCCGCAACGCGGCGAAGCGCAUCGAGUACGAGGUGGGCGGCGCGGGGGCGUCCGCGUUGGUGGGCGCGUCGUGGUCGUCCUCGUCCUCGGCGGAGCAGCAGCGGUCACCGGGGCUCCGCCCCUCGCGCUCGCUCGACCUUGCCCCCGGCGCGGACCUCCGCAUCAGCGGGAGCGUGGAGGGGGAGGUCGACGAGCUCUGCCGCAGCCUGGGGCUCUCGGGGCCCGAGGAGUUCGCCAUCCCCAUCGCGGCCUGGGAGGCGCGCAAGUCGCGCUCCAACUCCGACCUCCUCCCGCGCCCCCGCCUCGUCGCGUCCCCUCCCGCCGAUGAACUCUCGCCCAUCGCGCGCGCGGUCUCGGCGCCCAAUGUUCAGCCGGCUCUCUCCGUCCCUGCGCCCAUUCCUGAGGAGUCGCCCCACUCGUCCUCCACCUCCACCGCCACCGAGUCGGCGGAGGAGCCUACCGUUCCGGCGCCGGAGUUGUCCCCCAAGGCCGCCCCUGCCGUUGCUGUUGCGCCUCCCGUCGGGGGUUUGCCCCUCUCCUCGCCCAAGAGGGGAGGCGGGGAGGUCGGAAUACGGGGUGUCCGGCCGCCUCUGCUCUCCCCGCCUCCGCCUAUCACAGCACUCGCUCCUCCGCCGGUGAGGAGGCCCGUUGUUGCUGAUGACUUGACUGGGUCGGCUUGGGACAUUGUGCAGUCGUUUGCUCCCAGUGAAGAGAGAAGUGAACUGGGAGGGGCUCAUGAACGCGCGGACAAUCGUCACGUGUCAGACACAGAGGAGGGCGAGGUUGAAGAUGGGGUGGCAGCAGUGGAGGGGGAGCUGAAAGAGUUGAGAAUAGGAGAGACCUUCGAGGGUUUCACUGGAACAUCUUCCUUGUCGACAACAAACGAUGAUGACGCAUCCAGUACAACCACAGAAGCCAUGUUCAUCAUCUCACCAAAUGGCAAGUUCAAGCGGAAGAUUAAGUCAUGGAUGCGUGGUGCUAUGCUUGGAAGCGGCUCAUUUGGAAUGGUGUACGAGGGGAUCAGUGAUGAGGGUGGAUUUUUUGCUGUGAAGGAAGUAUCUUUGCUUGAUCAAGGAAGCAACGCACAGCAAUCUAUUCUCGCACUUGAGCAGGAAAUUGCUCUCCUUAGUCAGUUUGAACAUGAAAAUAUAGUCCAGUAUUAUGGAACUGACAAGGAAGAAUCAAAACUAUAUAUCUUUAUUGAGCUUGUCACUCAAGGAUCUCUUUCAUCCCUCUAUCAAAAGUAUAAACUACGAGAAUCGCAAGUCUCUGCAUACACUAGGCAGAUUCUUAAUGGAUUGCUUUACCUCCAUGAGCGAAAUGUUGUCCACAGAGAUAUCAAAUGUGCCAAUAUAUUGGUUCAUGCGAAUGGAUCUGUAAAGCUUGCAGAUUUUGGAUUGGCAAAGGAGAUGUCAAAAAUUAAUAUGCUAAGAUCAUGCAAAGGAAGUGUUUACUGGAUGGCACCUGAGGUUAUUAAUCCUAAAAAGAUGUAUGGGCCUUCAGCUGACAUAUGGAGCCUUGGCUGCACUGUAUUGGAAAUGUUAACUCGGCAAAUACCAUUUCCUAAUGUCGAGUGGACAAAUGCUUUCUUCAUGAUUGGAAAAGGGGAACAACCUCCUAUUCCCAACUACCUGUCAAAAGAAGCGCAAGAUUUCAUUGGCCAGUGUGUAAGAGUUGAUCCAGAGAGCCGGCCUUCGGCAUCACAACUUUUGGAGCACCCAUUUGUUAACAGGCCGCUGCGAGCUUCUUUUGAAUCUUCUCCCCCUGGCAUCCGCUCGUACGGAUGCGGCAGCGCAGCACGCGACACGGGGCCGCCGCCCCCGCCCCCGCCUCCACACCGGGCGCCCUCUCCGGCGCCCGCUGAAGUGGAGCCGUGGAGGUGGAGUGCUAGCCGAGUACAAGGGCUGCACGAGGAGGCGAAGCGAAACACGGGCGGGCCGAGGCCUCGGGAGGGAGGAGCGAUGAGCCUGCACGCCGCGCGCGGCGGGGCGCACGAGGAUCCGAGCUGGAGCGCCCUCGGGCGGCGGGCGCCCAGUGACGUGAUGGCCGGCGAUCGAGGAGGAUGGGGAGGAGUGCGGAGGUGGAGCAGGGCGCCGCAGGGAGGGCCGGCGGGGGCGGUGCGCGUGGGCGUGGGCGAGGCGUCGUGCACGUCCACCUUCCGCGAGCUCGACGACGUCUUCCUGCAGAAACAAACAAAAGUCUGGCUUGCAGAAGUUCUGCAUCUUAGAUUUGAUGAAGGAGUUUUAGUUGCAGACCUUCUUGCUGAUGGGGAUUUACUGUAUCGACUUUCCAAAGUAAUAUGGAAAAGGUUACUUAGAAAGGACAAAGAUCAAUUCAAGCAAUCAAAAGUGUAUAUUUAUGAGCGACUAUCCUUUGGCAGGAGCAAUGGAAAUUAUAUGCCCUAUUUAAAAGUUGACUUUUUUCUAAAGAUAUGUCAAAUCCUCGGGUUAGCUGGAAUUGAUCUGUUUACCCCUUCUGAUGUGGUUGAAAAAAGAAAUGUUCGGAAGGUCUGUAUAUGCAUCCGAUCGGUAUCUAAAAAGUCUCGCAUGAUGCACCUAAAUGUGCCUGAUUUUGAUAUAGUGACAUACACAAUAUCCAUGCCCAACUGUAUUGUUGGAGGUAUACGUAGAAGUCUGGAGCAGCUACAAUACAGUUCGUCCAGUUCAAGUGGAUACAGUACACCUGAUAGUUUCAAAGCAUUGCAGUAUCAGAUAAUAUUUGGUGGAAAGAACGACGAGCAUGCGGAAACAAAUUAUGACUCUGAUGAAGCAGAAAGCAGACUGUCUCUUCUAGAACCUGAGGACUCAGUUGAUGAAGACAAUUUUGCAACCAUGCUUUCACUCCCUAAAGAAGAAAGUAAAGGCUAUGGAGAAAGUGGACAUGAUAUGCUUGAAGAAAAAUCUCUAGCUGAAUCUGUGGGAUCACUUAACUUUGGUGUUAUGGAUUCGGAGUCCGCAGAUUCAACUCCACAAAAUCAUGACAAAGAAUCUUACUCUAUUCAUUCUGCAACUGAACAAUGUUCAAGAACUAGAACCGCGAAAUGUGCCUUAAGUUCAGAAGAGGCAGAUUCCAUAAGUAGUCAUUUGACGUUUGAAAGUGGCAAGAAUGAUUUGGAGUUGAAUGCUCAUCCUGUUGCAGAUUCAGAAAGGAUUUAUGAUGUACAGGCCAAAUCUCUAGAUCAUUCUAUUCAGGGAAAUGGGGAAACAUUAGUUGAUCAUCCAAAAAAAGAGUGUGCUGACCUCCAAAAGGACACUGGCACCAUCGAUCUGCAUUGUGACGCCCUUGCCUGUGAUAGGGAGUCAGUGAGUUCAAGUUGCGAGGAACUGAGACAUGGGUUAAAUGGCGAGCCGUCAGACCUGAGCAAAUUGCCGAUGGUUUCUGAAGAUGCGGUGAAUAAUAUAGAGCCAAGCCUGACUGGGAUGACAAAUGAUAGCAUGUGUGAAGAGCUGAAUCCCGAACUCAGUGAUAGAUAUCAAAUGGAAUGUUCCCAACCUGGAGAUAAACCUGUGGACUUAAACGGUAUAGCUAAGCCUCCUCAAAGGCCUGAAGAUGAUGCCCCCAAAUCAGGGAAAGGGGUGUUAAAGUCAGUUGCCGGAGGAAUUACCCUUGUCGGCGCAGUGUUCUUCAUGGUCCAUCUCAGGAGAAGCAAUGAGAGAAGCUUCACGUAAGUUAUACCAUCACUUCCAAAAACAUCGAUUCAUAGUGACUCAAGGGCUAAGAACAUGGACAGAGAAAAGGUUCCUGACGUGUAUCCCGGGGCACGGCUGAAGGUCUAAAAAGAUGGAUAUAGGACGCGCAUGCUGCUGCCUGGAAACCGAAGCUUGAAGAAGGUUCAGCUUCCCGGUAAAAGCAGCUCUUAUGGAGCGACUCCAGUAGCAUCUAGCAUAUGAUUACAGCAGCUUUGAGCGCAACUGAAUUUCGUUGCAUUUUGUUAAGUCACCUCUUACCUGUUAAAAGCUGAUAUCCUGUCCUCUUCAUGUACAGAACCAUUUAGCCAUAUAUAUGUGAUCAAUUACUCUCUAGGUAUCAUUUUGUACAAUUGUAUAGGAGUUGCUUGAGAUGUUGCAAAUCCUAUAUCCAUAGUUGAUUUUUUUAUUAUUUUA